GAUCGUACAUGGAAAAGAGACUCUAGAACGCCUACAAGCUUUUCGUUGGUCAGCCAUAUGCCACGUCAAGCCAGAAUGACGUUGCAGUGGUGAGAUAGCGCCAUUUAACGAAAUUUAAUAGCCAAGGAGAGGAGAGACACAGUGAAAAUCCAUACUUCACCGAAUCUAAAGUGCAAUAAUAGUAUCCCGGAUAAAGCAGAGAAUAAAGAAACUUUAGUCACGAAAUAGCCUGUUGUGUUCAGGCGAGAAGAAUAUUCGAGAGAAAAAAGGACAGGGGCGUAACGAAGGCUGAGAAAAAAAAGGCGGAAAACGUUUAAUAAAACUGGUAUCAUUCGGUUAUUGGUGCGCGCACGCGCCCAAGAGAGAAAGAGAAACGGAGAGACACACCAGACACAUUCUGUAGGCUAAUUCGUGUCCUGUAACGAGUAUUUUCAAAAUUUCAAAUGCUAGAAUUCAGGCACGCGAUUAUUUCGCAAGCAAAGAGCCAUCGAGUGUGGUCGCGUCAAUCGAUCGAAUGAUCAUCUUCGGGCCACAGUGCUAUAUCAUACGGUACAAAACACGAUCGAUCGGGACAAAACAAUGGCAUUAGAGAGUGUUUCCGCGGCCGAGACUCUAAUCCAAAGUAAUAAUGAUAAUGACUUGGAAGAUGGGGAAAUUCCAUCUGAUGAAGAUGAUGAACCCAUGCCACCACCAGUAAAUGAUGAUGUCAAUAAAAAUGCAUCAAAAACAGAUGUAUCAAAAAAUAAAACUUUCGAUUCUAAGUUUAAUAAAAAUAAGAAAUCAAGUGUUCAAGGAAGUAGCAAGCACGACAGAUUUUUAAAGUACAAAAGCCCAACAGAGGAUUGGGCAGGGGAUGUAGAAAAAGCAAUUAGGGCAGCUUUAGAGGAAGAUGGUGCUAGAAAUCAAGAUUCCAAAUCUAAAAGUAAAAACAAUCGUAAUAAAAGUAGAAAAAGAAUACGGGAUGAAAGGGAAGAUGACCGUAAUAAGGAUCAAAAGAGGAGAAAAGUGAGUGAUGAUGAAAAUAUUAAUGAAGAUGAGGAUGAAAUGUUAUUUGUCAGAGGCGCUUCACCUAUUAGGAAAGAUUCUCAAGAAAAUAACUCACCAAGGCAUGCAAAUGAACAUGAAAACUUUGAUAGUAACUCAGAUUACGAUGAGAGGCCUAAUGUAAAUCGGCAUAGAGAUAAUGAUAAUAAGCGUAGCAACACAAGGGGAGGUGGAGGUGGAGGAGGACGUAGAGGUGGUAAAAACGAACGGGGCGGUAAAAAUAAAACUCGCGGGCAAAUGAGGAAUGAUAGAAAUGGACGGAGGAACCAAAAUAAUGAUCACAAUCAAGAUCCCGAUGCUAUAUGCGUGUAUUACAUGCAAGGAAAAUGUCAUAGAGGAGAUGAUUGUCCUUUUUCACACAAUGCUUUGCCACCUAGGAAAAUGGAACUAUGCAAAUUUUAUCUUAUGGACUGUUGUGCAAAGAGAGAUAAAUGCCUUUAUAUGCAUCAUGAUUUUCCAUGUAAAUUUUUUCAUACAGGAUUAAAAUGUAAUCAGGGAGAAAAUUGUAAAUUUUCUCAUCAACCUUUAAAUGAACAGGUGAAAGGGAUUUUGUUAAAACACUUAGAAACAGCUCCAAAAGAAAUUCUUGGGGACUUUCCACGUUUAAGUAGAGAAGGAGCAAUGUUAAUGAUAAAUAAUACAGCAAGAACAUUAGCACAAGGUCAGGAAACUACAAAUCAGAAAAUUCCAAGUCUUUUUGAACUAAAUGUGACUGCACCGACUAUUACCACAGACAAAAGUAAUGAAAAGGAAGAAAAAGAAGAACAAACACAGCAGCAAAAAAGUGUUAGAGAAAGAAAACCGUCUGGUAAGAAAACUAGAUGGGGUUCAGAUGAGGAUAGGGUUCCGUAUGAACAAAUUAUGCUGUUACAAUCAGCCAAUGAAUUUGGUCUACAACUUCCUAAUGCUGCAUUGGGUUUAGCAACUCAACCACAGCUACAUCAAAAACCAUUAAUAUCGCAACCCUUACCAAAUAUGGAUUUCUACACCGAAGCUAAUAAUACUGAGUCAAACAAAACCAACUUAAGUAAGCCACGAGACAGAGAAGAUUUUACAAAAGACGUAGAGGAGGAUGAAAUUCUGGAGCAGGCGAAAAAGAAAGACACUUCGAUACUUGAAAAUUCAAAAGAUGUAGAUUUAAGACAAUUGUUAAAAACAUCGAAAAAACCACCACCAGUUGUUAGUAUAGCUGAUGAAGUAGCAAAUCUUACUAAAUCUAAGUUUGACGAAGAAAGCGAUCAAGACGAAGAAACAGACCUUGUUAUAGAAAUGCCAACUGAAGAUGACGAUAAACAGAAAGACAAAGGUGCAGAGCAAGAAGAUACGAGUACAAUAAACGAAGAAGGUAACAAUCAGCAUCGUGAUACUUCUUCACCGCGAACAGAAGAACAAGAAGUGCCGGCACAUUUACCUAAGAAAGCACAGGAAUUGUUUAUGCGUAUUCAACAACAACAACGGGCUGCUCAAGAUAGUUUUAAAAACAUAGAAAACGAGUGUUCCGCGCAAAAUACAGAUCAAAUUUUAGAAGAUUGGUACUCGGAUGAUGAAGAUGACGACGACGAUGAUGAAGGCGGAAAUCUUACGAUAGUACUUUCUAAUAAAGAUACGUCGAAAGAAGAAAAUGAGUCGACAGAGAAGACACAAAAUAUUGUAAUUAAAGAAGAAUUUCAAACUGCGACUUCUGCACCCACCAUACCACAACCAGCAGCUAUUGUGGAUAAACUUGGAGAUUUAAGUAAAAUUGACAUUAGUGCCGAAGUGUCGAAGUUAUUAUCGUCACUUAAGGCACAUAGUUCAACGACUGGUAAAUCCAGCCAACAAAAUGCUAACGCGCAGGAUUAUCCUUCAAAAGUUAAAUCCUCUCCGGAUAGACUGUCAUCGGAUGAAUCGAAUACUCAUAGUAAAAUGGGAAGUAUGACCACGUUUAAUGCAUCGAAUCAACUAUCAAAAAUCGAAAAUGAAACAUUAAGUCCACACUCCUCACCUGGAAUUAGCUCUACGCUUGUAUCUAGAGAUCCUCGCAUGUCCCGAGAUCCUAGACAACGUAGAGAUGAACAAAAAUCCAGCAGUCCUAGUAGGACAGAUGGUAAAAAAGAAUCCAAGCACCUUAGAUUGGAAACCAGUAUCUAUAGUUCUGGUAUUACUGCGGUUGAUACUAACAUGGACACGGAUCUUCGAACUAAAACGGAUCAAGAUCUCAGAAGAAAAGAUAUGGAUUUCAGACAACAAUUUCAAACCGGUUUCGGUGAUACAGACCUUCGAGUAGUUGGAGCAGGAUUCACUGAUACGUCCACCAAGUCCGAUGUUGAUUUGCGACAAAUGUUAAGCUUACCCUUUAAACCAGCACCGUCACAUGUACCUUGCACAGAAAUCGAUGCAAGCAUUUCCUCACAUCCUCCAAUGACGUAUAAAGUGUACGUUGUUGACAUACCAAGACCUGAUUAUACAGGUCUUAAGCUUACUAAGAACGAUGCUCAGGUGAAAUAUGAUCCACGUUUGCGAAAAAUCUUUAGAAUUGGUAAAGUUGAAUUAGCCGAUUCUCCCAUGUCUCCGCCUCCGGUUAAAUCGGAUACUCCAAAGUCACCACCGCAAGUUCGGUCCGAUCCACGUCGAAAAGCUCUUGAGGCUUCCAAUUUAUCUUCUCAGAAUGUAAAUGCUUCCAUGAUGAAGAGUGUACAGCAGUCACCAAUGGAGAUGUCGAAUAUGGGAAUGGGUCCUGGUGGAAUGUCUGUUCCUCAGAAUAUGCCUGGACCACAAGGUAUGCAAGGAGGACAAGGUAUGAUGCCUAUGGGUCCAAAUCCAAUGCUUGGAAAUAUGGGUCCAAUGGGACCUAUGAUGAAUGCACCUAUGGGUCCACAAAACAUACCGCCAAUGGCUAUGACAGGAAUGUCUAACAUGCCUCCAGGAAUGGCUAUGAACGGACCAGUUGUGCCUCAAAAUCAGAUGAAUUUUGAUCCACGUUUUAAUGUUCAACGUAACAAUGGAGCUGGACUUUUAGGUCCAGCACCCGGCGUAGGUUUUGGGCCAGAUGUUAAUUCCUCUUACGAUGGUGCGCCGACCUACUCCGGUGGUAAUUUUAAUAAUUUUGGUCCCGGUCCUGGUCCAGUACCUCCAGAUUCUGGUAUGAUGGGUUUUAAUCCAAAUGGUCCAAAUCCAAGUUUCGGUAUGGAUGGUGGACCUGAGUGGAAUGGAACAAACCAAAAUAGACGUGGUGGGCGAAUUAGACGACGAAAUCGAAACAGGACCAAUAUCGUGACUAACAAUUAA